UUCCGGGUUUUUGGUGCUGUUCUGGAGACCCUUGGCAGUGCUCUUGGGUGCAGGUCUGGGAUGGGGUUUAGAGCCGGUGGGGGCCAGGCACCUCUCCCCAUUCACUUAGCACGAGGGCCGUACGCUUUUUUAUAGCUUAGAUGAUUUGGUAUGGCUGUGGCUGAAAAGCCGGCACAGCCACGGGAAAAACGCCCACCCGUACCGGGGUCUGCUUGGAUAUGGCUUGUAUGCUUCGGGACACCGUGCUUGCCAUUCCAGUUAGAGCAAAUUGAGAACGGCGGAACUGUCGUGGCACGUGAAUUCGCAAAUACCGCCUCCGCAGAGCCCGAGCCACAGUUGCUUUGGAAAUCGUGGAUUCGGUUUGGAUGGCUCAUGCGGCCUGGGUGCAAUUUCCAAGCGUUCGAUGCAGGCUCGGCACCCGAUCCAGUGGUGGGUGUUCUUGAUAUCCGGGCGAAAUUUUGGGGUGGGCUGCUGGAUGCAGUUCACAGCACGACUCUAGAUGAGCCCGGGCCGGUGGCCCAAAUAUGGCGCUUGGUGCACCUGUUCUGGGCUGCACGAUAUAAUAAAUGGUCGGCUUGUCUGCAUCAUGUUAUUGAGUCUUUCAAAAGUUGAGCCGACUUAGACUCAACUCGCUUAUAUUCUGGCCCCAUGUUUAUUCAUGUGGUGUUCCACGAAUCAGGGCGUGCGAGACGAGUGCGCAUGCGCUUUCGAAUGGGUGCAAAUCACCCUCCGGUUGUUCAUCUACUUAAUCUCGUAUAUGUGUAAAACACAUUUGCAAGUAUCGAGCUCUAAUUCAAUACUUCCGUC